CUCUCUCUCUCUCGGCUCCUGUUUUGUGCCAGUUUGUAUCCCCUUGAUUUGAUUAUCUCCUCCGGUCUCACUACUUCAACGUGUCACUCACUGCAUAUAUGCCACCCAAACUCCAUCCAACACCACGCACUCUCUUCUUCUUCUUCUGUUUCUCCCUCUGUAAGAGUUAUGGGAGAAGAUGCGGAGGAAGUCUAUGUUGCCAAUGGCUACGAAAGCCGUCCAGCCAAGAAGGGUACUGUAGAUGAAUGCAACUGGUUCGAGGAAGAGAUUGAUGAUAAUCUCAAAUUCUCUUAUGCUUUAAAUAGCGUGCUACAUAAAGGGGCCAGCAAGUACCAAGACAUAGCUCUUCUUGACACAAAGCAUUUUGGAAAGGCCUUGGUGAUCGAUGGGAAGAUGCAGAGCACCGAGAUGGAUGAAUUUGUUUACCAUGAAUGUUUGAUCCAUCCAACCCUUCUCUGCCAUCCCAAUCCAAAAAUAGUAUUCAUAAUGGGAGGUGGAGAGGGAUCCGCUGCAAGAGAAGUCCUCAAGCAUAACACCAUCCAGAGGGUGGUCAUGUGUGACAUCGACAAGGAGGUUGUGGACUUCUGUCGGAGGUAUCUGACUGCUAACCAGGAAGCCUUCACUAGUGACAAGCUUUGCCUCAUCAUCAACGAUGCCAAGGUGGAGCUGGAAAAGAGAGAGGAGAAAUAUGAUGUUAUAGUGGGAGAUUUGGCUGACCCUGUGGAAGAAGGACCAUGUUAUCAGCUCUACACUAAAUCAUUCUAUGAACAAGUGCUCAAGCCCAAGCUCCAUCAUCAUGGAAUCUUUGUCACCCAAGCUGGACCAGCUGGAGUUCUUACCCAUAAGGAGGUCUUUUCAUCUAUACACAACACCCUAAAGCAUGUUUUUAAAUAUGUGCUUGCAUACACAGCUCAUGUGCCAUCCUUUGCAGAUACAUGGGGAUGGGUUAUGGCAUCUGAUCAACCAUUUACUUUUAAUGCUCAACAAAUUGAUGAGAGGAUCCAUGAGAGAAUUACUGGAGAGCUACUCUACUUGAACGGCGAGUUCCUUGUAUCUGCCACCACAAUGAACAAGACCGUUUACGAAUCAUUGUUGAAUGAAACACAUGUAUACACAGAGGAGAAUGCAAGAUUUAUCCAUGGGCAUGGGAGGGCAUGUUGUUCUUAAGGCUCCUCAUUCAAGCGACAAAUGGAUAUGAAGUCAAACCAACAAUACUAGGAGCAAAUAGAUCAUCUAGCAAGAAUCUUACAAAGAAGUUUGGAUGUUAGCAUUCUUUACUUCUUUUAUACCCCAAAAAGAUAAAUUGCGUUAACCAUGACUCACUUUAUGAAAUAAAAGUUAUAUUGUAAUAAAAUGCAUGAUAAUUAU